AUGAAGGCGACCGUCUUCGCCCUCAUCGUCAUCAACAAGGCCGGCGGCUUGAUCUACAACAAGAACUUCCACGAUGGCCUAAACAAGAUCAGCACAAACGACUACCUCGUCUUAGCCGGUACAUUUCACGGAGUGCACGCCAUCACGGCGCGUCUGACGCCGAUUAGACCACCAGCGCCGCCGGCUGGGCUUCGACCCGAGCCAGUCUCUGGAUUGGAGGUCCUCGAGACCGAGAAUUUCCGCAUGCAGUGUUUCAACACAUUGACCGGUUUGAAGUUUCUACUCUUUACCGACACAACACAGACCAAUGUCGAUGUGACUAUGCGGAAAGUGUAUGACCUGUAUGCGGACUACGUCAUGAAGAACCCGUUCUACUCACUGGAGAUGCCUAUCCGGUGCGAGAUGUUUGAUAGGAAACUUCAGUCAUAUGUUAGGGAAAUCAACAAUCGAUAG